GGCAUUUCCGAUGGGGGCCGCCAACCUGCCCGCCUGCGGCAUGAAGUCUUUCGGGGUGUCCAUGGGAAAAGAGGGGCACACCAACGACGUGAUGGUGGCAGCCUGGGACAAGGCGAAGACCAUGCCCGUUCUCGAGGUCCUUGCGAAGCCCGACGUUGUGGGGAACGUUGACAAGGCUGGUACUGCCGUCGUCUGGGACCUCCCCAUCAAGCAGUGGCGCUAUUCCGCGCGGCGCCCCAUCAAGGGCUUCAUCGACGUCAUCGCGAAUUGCGGCGACCUCUCGGGCGUCAACUGGGAUGUUGUCAAAGAGGCCAUGGCCGAGGGUCGGUACAACGCCUUGCCCCCACCAUUGGGAAUUUCCGAUGCUGGCCAGAACGAGAUCCCCUGCGUGAUGAGCAUGCACGUGUCCAAGUCCAUGCCUGACGACGGCUACUUGGUGGUGAAGGUGUUCACGUUCCUCGGCGGCGGAGAGCCGAUGGCGGCAAUCCUCGAGAAGAUCGUCGAGGGCGACCCGUGCGUCUUGGACUACCGCCCCGACACCUUCAACACUGUGCGGACGAUGCAGGUGGCAUUGGAGGCGAUGGGUGGGUUGUUGUUCCGCUAUUGGGGGCUGCCGAAGCCUAAGGCAGUUGCGGACAUCGACGCUGGCGAGGUCGCGGAGAAGAAGGCCGCCCUCGACAGAGCGUGGGAUUUCGUGCAGGCGGAGGCCCCCCGCGGAAAUUUCGACGGCCAGAGGGUCCUGUGGUUGGAGCACCAGUACGUGGACCCUGACUCCCCCAUCUACAACAUGAAGCGGGAGUUCGUGAACAGCUUGAUGAAGUGCAUCGCGGACCGCGACCAUUUCGCGACCAAGGAGGACUACUACCCGCUCCUGAAGCCAGACAUCCGCAAGGAGUACCAGCCGAUGACGAACAGGAUCUUGAAGACGCUGAUGGGGAACACGCUGCUUACGAUCGGGGAGGCUGGCUUCGGGAAGACACCCUUCAUGUACAUCUGUGCCAUGGCGACUGCGAGGCACAAUGCAGACGUCGCUAAUGAACGCCACCCAGGUCGUGCCAAGGCUGCUGUUCGGGUAUCCGCAGAGAUGGACUUCUUCCGCGGGGAGGUCGGGGAGCCCUGGGCGCCCUGCAUCUUCGAUGACGGCGACCUCGCAGAUCAGCGGCCUCGCGUCCUCAAGGCCUUCUUUGACCCCACGCAGGCUGAGGCCAUGACCUACGUGCGCUGGGGGGCCGCGAAGUUCGUGCGCGGCCAAGCGAGGUUUGGCGGUGACAACGAAUACAAUGCCAGCGCUGAACCAAAUGGCGAGGAGUGGGGGCUCGCGGCGACGUCGCCCGAUGCUGCAAAGCGGACCACUGCCAUCUUGGUGGACAUGAUUCGGCCCGCCUUCCCUAAGGGUAUGUCCGAGAGCAACUUAGGGGCCAUGCUCAAGCGGUGCAACGUCGCCCUGAACACGCAGCACUCGUUCUUCUUCAGGCCCGCUGGCAAGGACUCGGUCGUUGAGAAGUUGCCCCUCAUGAGCAGCUACAUCACGGCCGAGGCGGGCAAGAUCUUGAUGCGGUUCCUCAGGCACAAGAAGCGCCGCGACCAGGAGGAGUACGACAGGCUCCUCGCCUUUGAGAAGAAGGAGGUGCUCCAGCUCAUGGCCGAGUCGCGCGCAGCAGCGGGCGCGGGCGACGGUGGCGGGGACGGCGCCGAUGGCGCCGCCGCCGCGAGCAGCGCCCCAGCCGGUGCCGCGGCGCCGCGGGAGGCAGGCGUGGCGGGCGGCGUGGAGACCGCGCCCAACGACGGCGGGAUGUCCGACCGCGGCGGCGGCGGCGCCGACGCGCGGGCCGUCUCCGCGGACGAGGAGGACGUGUUCGGCUUCGGCGGCGGCAUGGGGGAGCCCGAGCCGACGCCCCCCAGACAGCUGACGGCCGCGCGGGACGUCCGCGUGAAGGAGAUCAUCAACGCCGAGGCCGACACGCUCAUGAUGGUGCCGUGGCAGGCGGGUGCUGCUCCUGGAUCGAGCGGCGACGGGGGGGCGCCGAGUGGCGCGGCUGCGCCCGCGGACCCCGCGCCCGCCAAGCAGCCCCCGAUCGUCGGCUGCCACGGUGCGCUCUCGGAUGAGGACCAUCGGGAGCAGGUGGCGAUCUUUCGCAGCCUAGCCAAGGCCCACCACGGCGCGCACGAGAACCUGGUAACUCCGCCGCGGAAGACCAGGAAGACGGGUCUGGCCUGCGGCGGGCCGCUCUCCCCCGUGGACAUCCAGGAGCAGCAGGCGAUUUUCGCAUCCAUUGUGGCGCAGGCACACGGCGAGACCCUCGUGGUGGACGACGAUGGCGUCGACUUGGAUGCCGAAAUGGAGACGCUCCUCGAUGACAUCGAGGCGGAGCGCGUUGGCGGCGCGAGCCAGCUUCCGGGUGACCAGACGGACUGA